AACCGGAAAAAGGAAGCCCAACCCGAAAAGAGCGCCUGGAUUGAAAGUGAAGACGUUAAUGCAAGGAUAACCCUCGUUGCGCUGACCAUGAGCUUCUCUCCAUGUCCACCUGAUGCCCUCACAGGCAACAGCAUCCAACACCAGAGGGACCGCUGGGAGAGAAAGCGAAAAGUAGUUGGCAGAGAGUUGGUGCUGACGGAACAGCAUUACUGCCAACAGCUGGAGCUUGUCACCACUUACUUUGUGGAGAUCUUGAAGGCCAAAGGAACCCUGAGGCAGGACAUUAGAGAAAGCAUCUUCAGUUCAAUUAAAGCCAUUCACUCAGUAAACCAAUCCUUGCUGGUCCACCUGGAAAAUGGCGACUUCGGAAGAGGCUUUGACCAGUUUUGUCCUCAACUGCACCACUACAACGUUUUCGUGGACAACUUUUAUGAUGCCAGAAAAGUACUUGUGAUCCAACUGAAGAAAAAUAAGGCCUUCAGACGCUUUAAGAAACUUCAGGAAGCCCGGCCAGAGUUUAACAGCCAAAAGCUGGAGGACCUGCUUCACCUUCCCAUCGAGCGGAUCGAGCAGUAUAAGCGUUUGCUGCAGGUGAUGGCUGCCAAUACAAGUCCAGAUGACCCAGAGUUCCAGCAGCUUUCACGGGCGGUGACUGCGGUGGAGCUGCUGCACCAGCGCAUCCAAAAGAACACCCGGCGGCAUGAGAACCACCUGCAGCUUUGCCGGGUGCAGAAACUGCUGAAGGGGCGAAAGACGAAGGUGUUGGCUGCAGAGAGGUGGUACAUCCGUGAAGGCUGGCUGAAGGUGGUUCCUUCCAAAGGCUCAGACGUCAAAUCCAAGAUGUUUUUCCUGUUUUCUGACAUGCUUCUGCAGGCCAAGCGAUGCAGCUCACUGCACCCCACCAGCAGUGACAAGUUUAUAGGCCAGCAGGCCUACCCGCUGCAUCAGUGCGCCGUGGAAAAGGUGUUCGGCCACACCAAGAGCAAAGGGGGCCUGCUCAGUCUGACUUUCCCCAGAGCCAAACUCCUGCUUAUGUCCAGCAACCAGGAAGAUCUUAAUGAUUGGUACCAACGUCUGUGUUCAGCUCUUAGGAAGCUGGAGCCAAAGCCGGCAUUUGCCCAUCAAAGAGGGGAGUCCAUCCAAGAACCCUUCUCCUCUGCUGCUGAGAACCUCAAUUCACUAAGCAACAGCAGCAGGAAUCCCAACGGGAAGAGGAACAUGUAUAUGCAGGCGAGCACUGGGCCUGGCGAGCUUGCUGAGAGACCCGCUGCUGAGUGGGAGGGCAGCGCCCCCAAAAGGAUGAAACAGGCUGUUUCAGAGCAGAGCACAGAGUCCUCUUCAUCCAACUGUGUUAUCCUCUGAAGUUCCUUCCCCAAUCACGAUGGAAUCGCAAAGCUGGAUCCUGCAAUGACAGUCUGAGAGUUUCACUUCAGCCUUUUGACACUCACGACAGGACCUCAGCUUUUUAUUAUUUGACCCCACACCAAAUAUUUAGCUUAUAUUUCUACUGUGCAAUAUAAACCUUUAAAAACGUAUAGGUGCUGCUUUGAAUACCAAAUAUAUGAAUGCCUAAUAUGCUCUAACAACCUGGAUUUUAACCUACUCUGCAACAAUGUGAAGUUAAGUUGUUUUAAAGGGAAACAAUUUGUCACUUGAAGUUUAGUUACAAGUCGAUGUGCAAAAAUAGGUAUAAAUAUUAGUAGUUAAUAUAAGUCUGUUAUUGGCACAUAAAACCAUAAGUAUUUGUCAAAAGCUCUUUAGUUCCUCUUUAUUUACACUCCUUGCUAAAACUGCCAACUGUCAUUGUUAACUCACUACAAGUACUAUGCUGUGUAAUAUGGUAUAAUAUCACACAUUGACUGGGUGUAUUUUGCUCAUUCACGCAGUUGCUGUCUUUGUUGAUGCAAAAAGUAAGCAACCAGGCUUGGAACCCUGGUUCACACUUUUUUUAAAAUACAUUAUUCUAUUGUAGCCAUGAUCACCAUAUUGACUAAUAUUUACUACUAGCACAUAAUCUAAUUAAAUCGCAUAUCCAUGCUUUUUGGAGGCUUUUAGUUUAGCAAAUGAUUUGAUUUUAUGUUUUCUGAUGCAUUAAUAUUAAGAUGCUAAAAGUGAUCACAUAUCACAUUUACA